AUGGCACCCAGAAUAGAGAGGCACACGGGACCAGAGGAGGACCGCGAAGAGGAAAUACACAGUCAUCAAUCACCCAGUGUGUCAGGAGACGAUGACGGCGUCGACAUCUCAGAACGACCUCCGAAGCGACGCCGCCUGUCAGAUUCCGAAUCCUCAGAAAAUGGCCCUUUCGUGCCUCAGCAACCGCUCCCAACCCUAUCGCGCAUAAAGAAGAAGUCGGAUUUAUCCGCUGCCAAAGGACCUGAUCGAAACGCCGACCAGCCCGACCCCGUUACGGCCAAAGAUGCAUUCGCUCUGGGUCUUCAGUCGAUGGACUCUUCCUUCUCUUCGUUGGGCCUCGCGCCUUGGUUGGUUGGCUCGCUAUCUGCAAUGGCGAUUAGGCGGCCCACAGCGAUUCAAAGAGCGUGUAUUCCGGAGAUAUUGAAAGGGAGGGAUUGUAUUGGUGGGAGUCGAACGGGUUCGGGAAAGACAGUUGCGUUUGCGGCGCCUAUAUUGCAUCGGUGGAGUGAGGAUCCGUUUGGGAUAUUUGCGGUUGUGUUGACUCCGACGAGAGAGCUGGCGCUUCAGAUAUUUGAGCAGUUUAAAGCUAUUUCUGCUCCGCAGUCACUUAAACCUGUUUUAAUUACCGGAGGCAGCGAGAUGCGUCCGCAGGCUAUCGCUCUAUCAACGAGACCGCAUGUUGUCAUCGCUACCCCGGGACGUCUAGCAGACCACAUAAAGACCUCUGGGCAGGAUACAAUAUAUGGGCUUAAUCGGGUACGGAUGGUCGUUCUCGACGAAGCUGACAGACUUCUGGCCAGUGGACCGGGAAGCAUGCUCCCCGACGUGGAAACCUGUCUAUCAGCGGUGCCAUCAUCGACGUCACGACAAACAUUACUCUUCACGGCCACGGUAACACCGGAAGUUCGUGCCCUUAAAUCUAUGCCACGAUCCAAAGACCGACUACACAUCUUCGUCACCGAAAUCUCCACCGAAAAUAACACGACUAUCCCGCCCACCCUGAAACAAUGCUAUCUCCAAGUUCCCAUGACCCAUCGCGAAGCAUUCCUUCAUGUUCUUUUAUCCACGGACGCCAAUAGUUCUAAGCCAGCAAUCAUUUUCUGCAACCGGACGAAAACCGCGGAUCUACUGGACCGCUUAUUACGCCGAUUAGGCCACCGAGUGACUUCUCUACACAGUUUGCUACCCCAGUCCGAACGGACAUCCAACCUUGCGCGGUUUCGCGCUUCAGCCGCCAGGCUUUUGGUCGCCACAGAUGUGGCUGCACGUGGCUUGGAUAUCCCGUCUGUUGGUCUGGUGGUAAACUUUGAUGUUCCGCGCAAUCCUGAUGAUUACAUUCACCGAGUUGGUCGAACUGCUCGUGCGGGGAGAGAAGGUGAAGCAAUUACGCUAGUUGGCCAACGAGACGUGCAGCUCGUUCUAGCCAUUGAGGAACGGGUUGGGAGGCAGAUGGUAGCUUGGGAGGAGGAAGGUGUGAGUAUCGAAGGAAGAAUAGUAAGAGGAGGCUUGUUGAAAGAUGUCGGAGGAGCAAAACGGGAAGCUCUUGGAGAGAUUGAAGAAGGGAGAGACGUGCUUGGUCGUAGGGUGAGGAAAUUAAAAAGGACCCGCUGA